CGUGUCUUAGCGUCACACGAGUGAUAAGUUUUGGCUUGAAGUUGGUCUUCAAUCAAAACAACCCAUCCAUAAAAAUUCCAGCAUUUGUAGAAAGCACUACAACCGAUGACAAAGGACCCCGAGAAUCCGAAAACAGCAACUUCAUCCUAUCACCUUUGAAAAUGGAUUCUCCAGGUAGAACCAGUAGCCGACCAGUGAGGCAGACAUGCCCCUUCGGAUACAAAUGCUACAGGAAAAACCCUGUGCACUUCAGUGAGAUGUCUCAUCCUCACUUGGAGGACCUAGUGGAGGAUCAACUGGAAGGCCCAGUACAGCUGCCAGACUCUUUGACCUUCAAAUGCACAGACAGAUCCGUCCUCCUGGACCAGUUGAGGAUCGUCCAGAUGGUCCUGCUCAAGGAAAAGAGAAUUCUCGCAAAUGGUAGACUGUCCUGCUCGCAGCCCACGAGCUCACAGUCCCCCAUUGGAUCUCUUUCAUUCCCCCAGAUCAAGAACUCCCCAGCUCCACGUCUAUCCCACUCCCAAGGUUCCACAAUGUCCUCCACGAAGCAACCCACCCCCUUCGCUCUAACCUCAAAGCUCAUGAACUCCCCAGUCCCUUCGCAAAAACGAGAACGGGAUUCUCCGGACUCCACACAGUCAAAAAAGCACAAGGAAUUUCCUCAAUCCCAGUCUCCCCCCACACCCUCGCAGAGCCCUUCCCCUGCCCCCCAGGGUUCUGCCACCUCUGGCCUCUCCAUAUUCGAGAAAUACAACGCCUGCUCUACCCAGAAGUCUAGGGAAGAAUUCAGAAAAACAGCAAUGCAGCAGAUGAUGAAGCAGAAACAACAGAUCCCCUACCUGGGAUCUAAAGGAGACUUCGACAUGAAGUACGCACUAUCCUCACCCUACUUCGUCUUCCUGCCAGCAGUUCAGGCAUCACCGGAGACCUGGACACAACCCUACUCCAUCACCUUCCCAGAGAUCCUCGACACUAGUCUCGGAGACAUUGAGGAGAGCCUUCAUAUUAAUUUUAUGGUGGACGUUGGAUGGUUGUGUUUGCAGUACUUAUUCGCCUGCCAACCUUCGAAGAUGUUAAUCCUCCUGGGGCAGAGGUGUGACACUGUCCCCCUCCCAGAGAGCAUUAAAGUCGUAAAAAUCGAGCCCCCGUCGAAGUACGGAACUCACCAUUCGAAAAUUUCAGUCCUGAGGUACACGAAUGGCGUUAGAAUAAUUGUUUCGACCGCCAAUUUAUAUGAGGACGAUUGGCAGAACCGAACACAAGCGCUUUGGAUCUCCCCUCACCUUCCGGAGCUCCCAGAAGGCGCCCGGGAGACCGAGGGUGAAUCGAAGACUGGAUUCAAGAGGGAUUUCCUCAGUUAUCUUCAAAAUUAUGGGCCCAACAGAGUUCAGCACUGGUUAGACGUCCUCGAGAAGACUGAUUUCUCGUCGAUCGACGUCUUCUUCCUGGCUUCUGUUCCCGGAACUCAUAAAGAGGAAAACAGGGACCGCUGGGGGCUGAGGAGGCUGGCAAAUCUGCUGUCCUCCCAUGCAGAAAUGCCUGCUGAUGGGGCCAAGUGGCCAGUGGUUGCUCAAAGUUCGAGUAUCGGAAGCCUUGGGCACAAUUUUCAGUCCUGGGUAGGAGAUGAGCUCGUUACUACGCUCUCCAGUGACACCAGGAAGGGGCUCAGAUCCCUUCCAAAUUUCCAAUUUAUUUACCCCACUACUGAGAACUAUAAACGAUCCUUCGAUAUGCAAGUUGGCAGCUGCUGUCUACCUUAUGGGGGUCAACUGCAUGCCAAGCAGAAGUGGAUCAGCAACUACUGCUACCAGUGGAAGUCAUGUAAUAAUAACAGGACUCAAGCGAUGCCACAUGUCAAAUCUUACACGAGAAUUUCCCCGGAUUUCAAGAAGAUCCCCUGGAUUCUUAUCACCAGCGCUAACAUGAGCAAAGCGGCCUGGGGAUGGGGACGGAAGGCUACUAACACGAUUCUCAGUUAUGAGGCUGGAGUUGUCUUCUUUCCAAAAUUUCUGACAAAUUCAACGACAUUCCCCAUUCAAGAGCCUGAUGAAACCGGCACCCCUCCAUUUCCCCUCCCCUAUGAUGUCCCCCUGACACCAUAUGGCCCCAAAGACGCGAUAUUCACAUGCGACUUCUUCAAAGACUGAGUGCUGUCCUCGGCACAUCGAUUAUGUCCCCGGACAUCUAGUCACUCAAGCGAAUAAAAAGUAAAGACGCGUGCAACAUCGCUUCUCGCUGGUGAUUACCAUAAAGAAGACAUCUCUUCAUUCCUGAGUAUCUCCUCAUUAAAACUGAGAUAACAAUCAGUGCUAAAUCAUCAUCACUCUGAAAUAUUUUUCAUAAUUUUCUGUUGAAUAAAAAAAUGAGUAUUUUAGAAACAGUGA